GCGGCCCACCGGGAACUCUCCCGAUUACCCACCCCGGGCCUGGUUCCUGCACGCUCUCUUCGUCUGGUGAAGAAAGUGUUGGUUUCCUCUUCACUCUUCUUCUCGGAUUGGAGAGCAGUUAUUUGUCAGGGAGCUUUUACUUUCUAUGAGGGCUUUUUUUGGCCUUCAUUCCCCAGUCAUGACUGCCUCUCCAGAAGCUGACCGUUGUCACUUCUGACCUCUGCUGAGGGCUAGAGCACCUCUAGUCUUGGUCUGCUUUGCAAAAGUCUUUUUUCAACUUCUAGUGUUUAUAAUUUCCUCACACUGAUACCGUUAGAGCAAGUGAUUCACACUGCUGCAUAACUCAUGUGCCUUUUCACGGAAAUGGAAAAAAAGUUACAACAUGGGGAAAUCACAAUGACUCCAUUUAUAAUACAAACACACACCGAGCGCUUUCUAUUCUGUUUUCCACUGAACAAAUGCAGGACCAGGUACAAACUGAGGAGGACAAUACAAGUCUCGUUUUAAAAGGCAGCGGAGACACGCGGCGGACACGCCCACUGAUUAGACUUGAGAACGGACCAAACCAAACGAGGCCGUUGUCCUUUUCUGUAUUUUAUAUUCAAAAUAAAUAAAAGAUCAACAAAUGAAUGUAUUCAUAUGCGUAUUUACACCACCAUACAAUUAUACAAACAGGUUUGGAGUAUGUGUUCAAAAGAUAUCAAUGGUUCUAAUUGUUUAACUACCCCUAUAUUUCUUUUCAGAGUGGUUCAGCCCAGGUUCAAACUUUGUUGUUUCAGCAUCUGUGUGAGAUUUUUAGACGGUAGAAACGGGGGGUGGCGUUUCAGCUUGCAACUUCCCAAUUUUCAUAAAUAUCAUUUCAUAAAUAACCGAAAUACCAAUCACAGUUACCAGGCUCUUUAACUGUCGAGGCUUUUGCUGAAAUGCCGAAUCAAAGAGACGAGGCGGCGGAUGAUUCCCCCCCGGACCGCCCCUGUCUGGAGAAACUGGACUCUCCCACAGGGAGCCCACCCACCGCCUCAUUAUCCGGACUGAUAGAGCUGGAAACUUGUGUUUCCAACCUGAACCUCGCACACGAGAUCGUGUUGAACCGAGACUUCUGCUUCAAACCCAGGAGGCCUCCGACCGACAGUCUGGAGGGCAGAGUGACGGCGAUCGUUCACCGGGCGUUUUGGGACAGUCUUCAGCAGCAGCUGAGCAGCGAUCCCCCGAACUACUGCCACGCCGUCACCCUGCUGCAGGAAGUCAAGACUAUCCUCCGGUCUCUGCUGCUGCCCAGUCACGUCAGACUGAGAGCUCAGCUGGACGAGGUGCUGGACAUGGAGCUGAUCCAGCAGCAGGUGGAUCACGGGGCUCUGGACCUCCACCGACUGGCCGGAUACGUCACCGACACCAUGGCAUCCUUAUGUGCACCUGUACGGGACCCUGAGGUCCGGGCCCUGAGGGGCCUCGGGGACCCCGUGGAGCUCCUGAGGGAGAUCUUCCGCGUCUUGGUCCUGAUGAAGACCGACAUGGUGAACUUCACCCUCCAGAGCCUGAGGCCUCACCUGCUGCAGCAGGCCGUGCAGUACGAGAGGGUCAAGUUCCAGCAGAUCCUGGACCAGCAGCCGGGUGAGGAAGAGUGUUUAAGUCUUCAUCCUGCUGCUGUGCGACUGAUGGACGGUGAAGCCUCUCUGGACCACACCGCCGCUUGGCUUCAGGUCGCGGUGGCGGAAGAGGCGGCGGCGGCCGGAGCUCGGUCCGAGUCCUCCUGUCCCGACGUCAGCGCCACCGCCGUCCUGGACCGGGCCUUCAUGCGUCUGCUGCGCUGGGACCCGCAAGACCGGAAAUACCCCGAGACCGUGCUGUUGGACCGAGACCGCCUGGAUGCUCUGGGCCGGCGGCUCCAGAUGCUGGUCCUGGAGGCGUCGGUGCUGCUCCUGACCCGCGCUCAGUGCGGGGACGCCGUCUUCUCCCUUCCGGGGUUUGUAGGUAGACUCAGGCGCUCCGUCAGCGCCCUGCUGGAGGGCAGUCACACCAGGGAAGCCGACCUGAAGGAGGCGCUGCCGGGGCUCGGGGAGACGGCGCUGCAGCUGCUGACUGAAGCCGCGAGCGAGCGGGGGGGAGCGGCGCCGCCUCGGGAGAGCCGGAGUCUGCUGAGCGGACAGAUAUCUGAGCUGUGGAAGCACGACCACCCGGUCCGCACACUCGUAGGCGAGAGAGCGCGGGGCUUCCUCCGGGCCACGCUGCAAGGCGGCCUCGCUAAAGGGAGUCCAGAGCCGCCCGCCGCCCUCGGGCCGCUGGGCGCCGAGCUGGCCGAGCUGGGGGCGGCCUUCGGGCGAAUCGUCCACUUCAACCGAAGCGUCUUUGGUCCGUUCUACGCGCCCGUCCUCCGGAAACUGCUGUUCCCACCGGGAGAGGCCGAGACCGGCGAGGACCCGCGGUAGGCCGACCCAGACGACCUCCGGUGGCCUCAACAUAAGAUGCCAUUUUCCAUUUGAAUGCGUCGGCUACAAUGUAAAUACAGCGAACGGGGAAUGUUCAAGGGAAAAAAGACAUUUAAAAAAAUGGUAUAUAUUAUAUAUUUUUUUUAGGUGUUGAAGAAGAAAAAAGAAAUUGCAUUGGUGUGUCUUCACCUCACAUUCGAGAGCACAAAACAUCAUGAAAACAGAUUGUGGGACACAAAAUGAGUUUUACAGAGACUCACAACAAGAGGCCGAUUAUGAUCAUGAAAUGUUUUUGAAAAGAUAAAUUAACUGAAAAAAACCUUUGUUGGUUUUCUGUUCACUUCAUCUCAAGAUAAACACCCUCAGGAAAAGUACCAACGAUUAUGUUAAGUUUGUAAAUAAUACUUAUUAGUUUUAAUAAGUAGCUGGUUUCUCUUAUCUUCAUGUUUAUAUUUGUUCAUGUUUAAUUUACCAAAGACAGUGCAAUUUUUCCGAAUUCAGUUUUUUUCUUUUUCAUCUUUUAAUUAUAAACCAAAUAUAUUCUCAGUGUUUCCCCACAGUUCAGAUUAGUGGGACGUGGCGUACUAAACAGGUGCUCGUUUGUAAAUGAAUAUCUGAUUAAUACAUUUUCCAUUUUUCACUCCACUAAAAAAUUAAAAUUCUGCUAAGCGCCACAGUUCACCGUGACACAUUUGAAUCAGUAUUCUGGGGAAAUUAUUACCGUCUACACUUGUAACAUAAGUUAGUUAUUAUACGUGUAUCCAGUAAACAGCGAAACACAAACGACAGAAUGGGACGGAUUACUCUCUUAGUGGCACGACUCAGCGAGAAUACUUUCAUAAGGUACGUGAAUGAAAACAUCAAUGGUUACCAUAAAUAUAUAUUUUUUUACAUUUUUCUUUUAAAUGGUCUUGAACAUCAUAAAAAAGUUGUUUUCAUAAAACAAGUUAAACAUGUGAAACCACUUGUGCGGCCAUCUCACCAAAGUUGAUUUGUAAUAUAAUAAAUGAUACACACAUC